UCACCCUUUCCGUUGGAGGACUGGGAGCUCAAAGUAGGAAAAGAGGGAAACUCCACAGGAUCAUUACCAGUAAAGUCUGAAUGCAUCAUCCCAACUGAAAAGAUCCUUGACACAACGGCUGCACCGCUCUCCUGUAACAACCGUCAUUCAAGAGCAGCUCAUUCUUCGCUCCAUAGGCUUUAAUCCUGUGUGCAUGUUGUGCGGUGAUGUCUGCAUCCCAAGCCCUCUGAGAGCUCUUCCCCAAAAGAUGCAACCAGGAGGUCCUCCCACUCCGCCCUCGCUGCUGGUAUCAUCUCCACCGCCACCACCACCACCACCACCUGCUCCGGCACCACCCCCUCCUCCUCCACCACCACCUGCCCCUGGCUUUCCUCCACCCCUAAAUGGCCUGGGCAUCAAUUUCAAGGGGGAGCGGCGGCGCUCCAAGAUGCGCAAUUUCAACUGGGAAACGCUUCCCAAGCACAGUGUGGUGGGAAAGCACAACAUCUGGACCACGGAUAAGAUUGACGGGGAGUACAAGCUGGACACGGAUCACAUGGAGGAGCUGUUCAGCCACAAGCAGGGCCAGCAGCUCAAGGCCCAGAACCGCCAGAGUCUCAGGUCGCAACCGACGGCCAGUGCAGGAGGGGAACUGGUUUCCAUCCUGAACUCCAAGAGGAGCAUGAACAUUGGAAUUUUCCUGAAGCAAUUCAAGCGGCCUCUGAAAGAAAUGAUCCAAGACAUCAUAUCAGGACGUGGUGACAGUUUUGGCUCAGGAAAAAUUAGGGAGCUGUGCAAGCUGCUGCCAGAGGAAGGAGAGGUCAAGCAGCUGCUGGGUUUUAAGGGUGCGGACUCGGCUCUCCCUGAAGCAGAUCUGUUCAUGCUGAGGCUAGUGAGGAUUCCCAGUUAUGAAGAGCGUCUCAGAAGCCUGGUGCUCAAAGAGGAGUUUUUCCCGCUCAUGGAUGAAAUGAGAGAAUUCAUACGCAUUCUGACGGCUGCUGGACGAGAGCUGUUGGAGUCGGAUAAUCUCCAUUCUGUCAUUCGUCUGGUACUGAAGACUGGAAAUUACAUGAAUGCUGGAAGCUACGCAGGCAGUGCAAUCGGCUUCCGAAUGGCCUCGCUGCUGAAGCUGGUGGACACCAAAGCAAACAAACCUGGAAUGAAUCUGAUGCAUUAUGUCGUGAUGCAAGCUCUGAAUGCCGACAUGGCCCUGCUUGAGUUUCCAGAGCAACUCACACACAUCGUGGCUGCGGCGAGGAUAAAUAAAGGUGAAGUUGAAGCAGAGAUUGCACGACAGGUAAAGAAAGUUCAAGCUGCCAAGGUGGACACCCUGAAGCAGGAAGACCUGAAGACACAGAUGGAGGAUUUUCUAAAAGAGGCUGAGGUCUGCUUGGCCGAAGUGGAGAACGAUUUUCAGGAACUGCAGUCGGUGAGUGAUACUGUGGCCGAUUACUUCUGUGAAGACCCAAGCAAGUUCAGACUGGAGGAAUGUUGCUCCAUUUUCAACUCCUUCUGUGAAAGGUUCCUGCGGGCCGUGCAGGAGAACAAGGCACGAGAGGUGGCAGAUGUGAAGCGGAGACACAGAGACAGAUUACAGAUCUCUGCCAAGCGAAGGUCCACAGCUACGUGCUCCAGCAGAGACAAGGAAAUGGACGGUGUCGCAUUAGAGUCCGUCCUGCAGAACCUCCUCACCAGACGUGGCUCCCGCAGGAGAUCUGAAAGACCAUCGUCCACUCAAGGAAGCCCGAUGAGCUGCAGCCCAGACAAAGGGAGCUUAUCAGAAAUCACCUCACAGGCAAACCUCCCCCCUGCAAAUGAAAAGGGAGGUGCCUCAUUUACAGCCCACGAGAUUUUCAGAAAAGAAUGGAAUUCAUCAGCUGAAAGCACGGGCAAGGUUUCACAAAGCAAAGCCCAGUCAAACGUCGAGGACAGCAAGCCAAUAAGUGUGAUUCCUCAAGAAGAAGAGGAGAUGAAAACUUCCAGUAAAGAGGAAUCUAAAGGAUUUACACAUCCGGCCAAUAGGACCCCCAGCACUUCCUCCUCAGGCAAACAUUUGUCAACCAACACUGAUGAUGAUGAUGAGGAGGAGGAGAGCAUACAGGACAAUAAUGAGGAGGAAGCCCAAAAGUUGCGAGAGGCAUCUAAAAAAGUGUUGCACUUUCAAAGGAGUCGUGGCAGUUCCUCGUCUGUGGAUCAUUCUCUGGAAAAUCAGAAAGCUCCUGGUCAUGGCCCCAUGUUGAUUCGUCAGCGCACCUUCAAUGAGGAAACCGACCGCUACCCUGGAGAUCCAACCAAUGAUGAAUUGAUCCGGUUUCUGAUCAGCCCCCCCGCCACGCCAAAACGCAACCUGGGCCGCCGCCACACACUGCCUACCAAAGUCUCUAAAACCGAUGAAGAGCAGGAUAUUCUGUUUGAUCUGUCUCCAAUCAGAACUCCUAAUACUGCGAGAGCAGAGUUCACUGAGAACAGUCCCCCAAAACAAGUGUUUGACUUUAAUGAGGCUUCUCCCAACCUUAAAAAAACGGACUCUCAAGAUAGUAGUUUGACAGAAGAGAAGAAAAACCAGCCGAGUGUUUCCACAGCCCAUACGACACAUGAAGGGCAGGGGGAGCGAAACCAGGAGUCGACGGAGCCCACAGAAAACCACGUGCAGAAGAACAGUGAAAACAUCGCCCCAAAGAACUCGUGGACUAAGACCGACACGACUGGACUGUUUUUGAGCUUUUUCAAACGUCUUGGAGACAUGGGCAAACAUCAGAGCAGCAAGGAAACUGUUCAAAAGGGCUCUGGUGUAUAGACUUGGAAAGAUAAGACAUUUAAAGCCAGGGAAGGGAAUACAAUGUUGAUUGAGAUUUCCUCAUUGUGCCGAUGGUGUAGUGAUGGGCCUUGAAGGUAAGAAGAAGUCCAAGAUGGUUGGAAAAAUUGAGAGAAGGUUUGAAGAAGACAGAGAAGGUUUGAAGAAGACAGAGAAGGUUACAAGAAGUCAGAGAAGGUUAGAAGAAGACAGAGAAAGUUAAAAGAAGACAGAGAAGGUUUGAAGAAUUGAGAGAAGGUUUGAAGAUGACAGAGGAGGUUACAAGAAGUCAGAGAAGGUUAGAAGAAGACAGAGAAGGUUAAAAGAAGACAGAGAAGGUUUGAAGAAUUGAGAGAAGGUUUGAAGAUGACAGAGGAGGUUUGAAGAAGACAGAGAAGGUUACAAGAAGUCAGAGAAGGUUAGAAGAAGACAGAGAAGGUUAAAAGAAGACAGAGAAGGUUUGAAGAAUUGAGAGAAGGUUGGGAGAAUUCAGAGAAGGUUCAGGAGGUUCAUUAAUGGACGGUGCUGUGUAGCGGAAAGGUCAUUGUGCAUGUUGUACCACUAGAUGGCAGAACAUAGCAGGAACAGUGUUGUUGAGGAGGGGUGUUGUUGAUUUCCAGACAAUCUGUGUAUUGCCGUGUAAACAAAAGAAAAGAAUGAUGGAAACGCUCACCGUAAAAAAUGGAGUCGUAACUUUCUAUCCAAGGUGGAUAAUGUCUACUGGAUGGUUGGAUAAGUGAGUUAACACCAUCAGUGUUUCUAAUAUUGUAAAAUGAUUGCUGAGCAUGAUAGGAGGCAAUAAUAAUAGAGUAAUCAAACUGCAUUAAAUCUUGGUUUGAUUGUUAUUUUUGAUACUUUGAUAAACUUGUACUGUUUGCUUGAAUACAACACUGUUAUUUUAAUAAUUACGUCAUUAAUAUCUAUGUUUUUUUUUGUUCUUCCUGUUUGGUCUCCUCCCUCAGCUGUUUUUACAGAGGCACAUGUAAAAAAGUGCAGAAGGUCGUUGAUGCUCUCAGGGUCUGACUCAAUCCAGCCAUUGUUGCCAUUUUAAAUGGGGUCAGUGUUACAAAGGCAGCCUGUAUCCGGGCACAGCUGAACCGUGCACUGUCAGUGGCAAAGUGAAGGGUGCGGAUUUCAAAUUGGUUUAAGGGCAAAUGCCCCCUGGUUUCCAAUGAUGGAGAGAACCAGCCUGUCUGUGUCCUACACACUGUCUGUGCCUCUGCCGGGCUUCAACGACCUUCUGUGUUCUCAUUCCAACUGGAAUAAUCUGAACGUUUAUCAUAUUUAUUUGAUAAGAAAAUAUUUAUAAGAUGCAUGAACACUGAAAUUACAGAGAUCCAAAGAGUAUUGUGACCAAA